ACUCAUGUGUAGCCGAAUUCCAAUUGUCCUGGCCGAGAAUCGCAAACUCUGCGUUCUACACCCAUGAAGAGAGCCUUGCCUUUUUGAAUCGAAUAAGCGCCAAAUGCAGUGCUCAUGUACCUGCACGCGAUUAACGCAAGGCGCCUUUGUUCAUCAGAUGCCCUCAACCGGAAGCCGCAAUUUGCUCGAGUCAUAUCUUUACCCGGCUUCCAUUCCGGUCCUCUUCGUCCUAUAAAUUCGCCUUGAUAAAUUUCGACCUCCAUCUCUCAAAUUCUUAACAAUGAACUUUACCUACCCAGAAAUCCGCAUCUACGACUCUGAGGGACGAGGUGCAUUCGACGACUCAUCUCCCCUCGAAAGCCUACAAGGUCUUCCUGAAAUAUCACCAGACAUUUGGGACCAAGGAAUCAUGAGAGGAUUUGAUCUUGAACCUAGUCUGUGGGGUUUCGUUGAAUCUUGUCACGCCACUCACAGGAUCGCGCCAGAUCCUUCUCAGUACCUCACCAGCCCGGCUGGCGACGAAGGGAUGCUUUUGGGUGACGGUACCAGCCCUUAUGGACUCGGAUACAACUACUACUUAACACCUUCGAAUUCACUUUCGCCCGCGUCCCCAAGCAUUCCUCUUCACACCCCAGAGGAUAUGCAAUAUCCCUUGCCGCAAUAUUCUCCGGUUCAGUUCAAUCAAGGAAGCGCCUUACUCAGACAGUCUUUCCAGUCUCUUCAUAUUUCGGCGGACUAUUCACAGCCCUCAUCUCCGACCUCCUCCACCAUCCAACCGACUACCAGCAACUUCCCAAAUACUUUUCCUACGGACUACGAUAGUCUCUGCUUGCUGUCACCUAUCUCCAUAACCGAAAGUGUGGCGCUCAGUCCCAGCCCUACCACUAGCGUAUUUAGUCUUCCCGACGAAGAACAACUUGAUACUGGAAGAGGGCAGAACCCUCUGGCUGGGAAGCGAUGUCCCCUUCCUGCGAACGCAAAACGCAAUCUUCGAAGUCCCCCGGAGCGUUCCGCUGUGGCGCAACAUCGUAAGAAGAUCAAUACGGCCAAGAAGGAACACGUGGCCAACGGCAGCGAGGCUAAGCGUAUACGCGAACGAAAGUACAAGUGCCACCAUGAAGGAUGCACGAAGACUUACACAGCUUCCCACAAUUACAAGGGUGCCGUCCUGUUUCGUCAUACUUCAUUUUGCAUGAUUUAACCUAGACUCGGGCUGCCGUGAGGAUUACGCGCAGGAAGUGUCUCUGUGUCGCCAUCACAGCAACUCUCACAAGGACUGCACAGAGCGCCACCGUCGCGCCGAUUAUGUAUGGGCAAGCAAAGAAGAGUGCCUAUAAAUUGUACUUUAAAG